CGCAUGUGUGUGCGUGUUGUGUGCACGUUUGCCUUUUUGUUUGCCUUGAGUGUGUGUGUUUGUGUGUGCGGUGACAGGUGGAAAACAAAACACACGCACCCUUCCUGAGCCCCGCCACCACCUUCCUCAUUGAUUGUUGCGCACACUCCACUCUCUCGACUACCAAUCAACGACCAACCAAUACCAACACCCCACCACUGCCCGUUGGUUCCCUUCCCUUCCACCACACCGGCUGCUUAUCAACACCACCAACUGAGAGGAUGGCUGUGUUGAGUGCCCGCCUCUUGCACAGUGGAGGGCUGUCCGUGGCCCGCGUGCCUGCGGCUGUGGGUGCCAUGCUGCGCGGCAGACAUGCGGCAGCGCAGCACCGCGCCGCCCGCGUGUUUGCCCGUGCCCUCUCCGUGUCCACAGACGAGGACACGCAGGGCCACCAGGACGUGGUGGACUCCUGGCGCGUCAACAUCUCCGGGGACCCCAACAAGUUUGUUGGACCACGACCAGAGUCGUGGUGGACAGGCAAGCCGCCAGUGCACGGAACAUGUCCCGGCGUGAACAGCGACGGCAUCAUCCGCUCCCUGCCCCAGCCGGACCUGAGCAACGUCACGCGGCAGCAGCUGCGCGACUACUUUGACAACUGCUGGACCAUGACCGAGGUGCUCUUUUCUGCGCUGCAGACAGAGGAGCCCUUCUACCGCCCGCCCUACCACAACCUGCGCCACCCAAAGAUCUUCUACUACGCCCACCCGGCCUCCGUCUACGUGAACAAGUGCCGCGUCGCCGGCCUCAUCAGCAAGCCCAUCAACGAGUACUACGAGCACAUCUUCGAGACGGGCGUCGACGAGAUGCAGUGGGACGACCUGAGCAAGAACGACAUGCGCUGGCCCACCGUGGACGAGGUCAAGGCCUACCGCCAGGAGGUCUACAACACCGUCGUCGACAUCAUCGAGAACCACCCGGCCUUUGAGACGAUUGACCAGCUCGAGGCAUCCCCCUUCUGGGCCGUGGUCAUGGGCACCGAGCACGAGAAGAUCCACCUGGAGACGAGCAGCGUGCUCAUGCGCGAGCUGCCGCUCGAGCUUGUUCGCCCGCCAGAGCACUUCCCCGCCAUCCACCCAAGCGCACGCGAACACGGCGUCACGCCCGACCAGGAGCCCGUCGCGGGCAAGGACUACCCUGUCAACCAGUUUAUCGAGGUGGAGGCCGGCUCUGUGAAGCUGGGCAAGCCCCGCGACUUCCCCUCCUACGGCUGGGACAACGAGUACGGCGAGAAGCACAUGAACGUCAAGUCCUUCAAGGCUACCAAGUACCUCAUCAGCAACGGCGAAUUCCUCCAGUUUGUCAAGAGUGGCGGAUACCUGGACGAGAACGUGUGGGAGCCCGAGGGCUGGAAGUGGCGCUGCUUCCGCAACGUGAAAUGGCCGACAUUCUGGGUGCCCACCGGCCCCUCUGGCCUGCACCAGUACCGUCUGCGCACCGCAUUUGAGGUUGUCGACAUGCCGUGGUCGUGGCCCGCCAACGUCAACUACCACGAGGCCAAGGCGUUUGCCAACUGGAAGAGCGACAUGGAAGGGCGCGACCGCACGCAGGGGUACCGCAUCAUGACGGAGGCCGAGCACCACCGCAUCCGCGACGACUACAUGUCCGACGAGAGCCUCGGCGUCGCGCGCGACCCGGGCAUGGUGGCAGAUGGACACGAGAUGGCAGACAAGUACGGCUUCAACCUCAACCUGGCACACGGCUCUGAGUCGCCCGUCGACGCGCUCAAACCAACCAGCCUGGGCUUCCACGACGUGUUUGGCAGCGUGUGGAACUGGUGCGAGGACCACAUCAGCGCGCUGCCCAACUUCAAGAUCCACCCAUACUACAACGACUUCACCCUGCCCUGCUUUGACGGCCAGCACAACCUCAUUCUCGGCGGGUCGUUUAUCUCGUGCGGUGACGAGGCGAGCUCCUUCGCCCGCUUCCACUUCCGCCCCCACUUCUUCCAGCACGCGGGCUUCCGCCUCGUCCUGCCCAACCAGACCGACCCUGCCCUGGUCACGUCGUGCAUGGACAACCAGGGGCCCUACGUCGGCACGAACCCCUUCCGCAGCAGCCGCCGCGAUGAGACGGAGCGCAAGUACCAGGCCGAGGAGGUCCUGCGCCAGUACGUCCACCUCCACUACGCCGACGACGCCAACGUCCCCGAGGCCGCCCGCGGAUACACAGACAAGGUGACUCAGCUGCUUGUGGACGCCGCCCGCGAGCACGGCGUGGCCACGGACCGCGUGCUCGACAUUGGCUGCGGCGUUGGCGGCACCACGUUUGCCCUUGCGCGCGCGUUUGAGAGCGUGCUUGGCGUGGACAUCAGCGCGUCGUUUAUUGAUGCGGCACAGCAGCUGAAGGAGGAGGGAUCCCUGCCCUACUUUAUCCGCGAGGAGGGCGACAUCAAGGAGGAGGCCGUCGUCGGUCUUCCGCAAGGCGUGGACCCAGCCCGCGUCGAGUUCAAGCAGAUGGACGCCAUGUGCAUUCCACCCGACACAGGCUCCUUCAGCGCAGUCCUCGCUGCAAACGUGCUGGACAGACUGUCCUCCCCCGGCACGCUGCUGUCGCGGCUGGGCGGUGCGCGCGGCCUUGUGCGCCCCGGCGGAAUCCUGGUCCUGUCGUCCCCAUACACGUGGAUGGAGCAGUACACGCCCAAGGACCUGUGGAUUGGCGGGCACGAGACCCCCGAGGGUAACGUGCGUUCGCUGGACGGCCUCAAGGCGGCCCUUGGCGAGAACUUUGAGCUCCUGCGCACAACACAGGUGCCGCUCGCCAUCCGCGAGCACGCGCGCAAGUUUGAGUACGUCAUCUCGGAGGCGACCGUGUGGCGCCACCGCUCAUGAGCCCGCCGCCCACCAGCACGCGGCCUGUGCUGUGCUGUGCUGUGAUUUGAGUGCUCGUGUUGUGGUGUUGAUCGCCGCAACCACAAGCUAAUGAUAUCACUCAAAAGCGCACGCGCGCACACAUGCACACGCGCAUGCACAUGCCAGCACGUGUUGGCCCCUGUUCUGACACUCCUCCGUUUUUCUACCUCCUCCUCCUCCUCCUCCUCCUCCUCCUCCCCCCUCCUUUACUCCUCUCUUUCUCUCCUCUCCUCUCUUACUCCCCUGUCUUACUCUGUUCCUCUCUUCCUUUCCAUCUCCUAUCCUGCUUGUUGUGUUACGACCAACACCAACCAUGCACACAUUUGUUGCUACUGUUCUUGUUUCCUUCAAUUGCAGCCGUGUGCCUCCGUUCGUCUAGUUGCUCUCCUUGGCCGCUUUUGACACACACACACACACACACACACACACAC